UACCAGAAACAAUAUUGUUUCACAAGGUAACAGGUACUUGAUUUUGGUUCAUAAGGCCGAUUUUUUAUUUGUUGCAUCAUUAAUGUCUCUUUCCUGCUAAAAUUCACUAUUUUUAUCACGUGUUUCCCAAAAAAACUUUACAACAAUAAGUUAUACACCCCAUUAUAUUAUCAAAUUUCAUACCUCACCUUCCUUUAGGGAUGACAACAAAACCCGAACCCACGGGUACCCACCCGACCCAACCCGGUCAACGCGGGUAAAAUCCGUGUUGACGGGUUUUGGGCCGGGUUUGGGUUUAAACCCGUUCAAUAUUCAUCGGGUUGGGUUGGGUUUGGGUUUAGGUAAACCCGACCCAUGGGUACCCGCCCACACCCAUAUAAUUAAUUUUCUCGAUAUAUUUAAUAUUCUAAACAACUUAUCUUAUUUAUGUUUGCGGAGACAUGUCUAAUUUUUUCUUUCUAAUUGUGUAGAAUGAAGUUGAUGUUAUCGAGUGGAGAGUGAAGAAACUUAAUUGAAAGGAAGAAGCUUUCAAUUAAUCAUGUUAUUUAUGGAUAAUUUGUUAUUUGCUUGAAUUUUCUAGAAUGGUAUUUUAUAUAUAGAUAAUUUGUAUUGAGAGAUUGAUAUUUGACUUUAAUUUUGAUAGGAACUUGUUAUUGUAAAUUUUUUAAGACAAAAACCUGUGGGUACCCAUGAACCCGCGGAUACCCAGGGGGUUGAGUUGGGUUUGAGUUUUUCAAACCCAGUGGAUUUUACCCCGAAUUUUUUUCACGGAUAAACCCAUGAAUUUGGAUUUGAAUUUGGCAAAACCCGACCCAACCCGACCCAUUGCCAUCCUACCUUCCUCCGGCCAACUGGCCGGGGCCCACACUAGUACUCAUAAUACGCUGAAGGGGAAAACUGAAUCCCCAUUUCAAAUUUGUUGCCUCCGGAGCGUUUCUCGGAGGGGUAUUUUCGGAUACGGGAAAAUACAUCGGUUCAUAUUGGGACGUUGAGCGGGCCAGACGAUUUUUUUGUUCCGUCAGUCCGAUCAGCGCUCGCUCCGUUCAUUGUCGUCACCGGUUUGUUAAACUAAACCCACAACCGUCACUCCCGCAGCGGUUGUCCUUCCUUCCUCACAAGAAUAAGAUCUCGCCAUCUCGACUUCUCUUUCCCACAUCUCUAGUUGGAUCCAUUUAUUUGGUGUUGUUCUCCCUCUCAACUCAAGAACUUCGCUAUAUCCAUCUUCCUUCCGUACGAUCAGUAACCUGCUAGAGCAGCAACCAAUCCGUCAGCACCGGCCUGUAUGUUUCUAUUCGACUGGUUCUAUGGAAUUCUGCCAUCUCAUGGGUUCUUCCAUCUUCCUUCCUUCACAUGUUGAAAGACGAGGCGGAGAUAACACUGAUGAGGUGCAGAAGUCGGAUUCCAGCAAAAAGCAAUUAAGACUAGGGAAAUAUGGCGGUACUAGGCAACAUAGUACCUUGAAAAGUGGUGUGCUGACACCAACACUCUGUAGAUUGCAGCAAGGAAAAAUAGAUUUGCAGAGCUCAAGGAAAAUUAUGGGGCACUAGAGCUUGCCCUGGAAAUCAAGACGAUUUCGAACCAGAAAAUGUUGCCAGCUGCAGGUUCUAUUUGCUCUAUAGAGUAUAUACUCAAGGAUCCUUACAGAAUUAUUGAUGAUGGUUUGUUCAACUUGGAUUCUCUCUUCUUUGGAUGCCUCUUUUUUUAUAUAAGAUGAUCUCAUUAUAAUAAUUGGAUAGUGAAUGGUUUGUUCAACUACAUAAUGAAUGCAGGUUCUUUCCUCAGAAUUCCGUUACGGGUUCUUCCAUCAGAAGUCCUUCAUCUUUACUACUUUUCUCUUUGAGAUAUAGUUGUUUCUGUAACCCUAUUAUAAUGCCUUUGACAGCCCACAGAAGAACAUCAAUGCCUCCAACAUUUAGAAUUUGUGUGAUAUAAUGAUCCAUGUAUUUGUGGUGUCUUCACAGGUUCCCAUGGAUACUUUUUCAGUAGUAUGUUGCUCCCCAAGACCCCAACUGAAGUGGUUUCAUACAAAUAAUCUGGUGCAAUGCACUUUUAUUUAUGUACAAACACAACAAUGUGAUAUUCUAAAGAACUCAGAAAGUUUCCUGUAAGUGCUAACCACUUUAGAUUUGUGGUAUGUUCCUUUUAUGUUCUCCACUCACUAUUUAGAUUGAACUGAGUUUUCUCUAGAAAAGCAGUGCUAAUGUUUGUGUACAUUAGACCUUUUUAUUAAACAUGAUGAACUGUGUUUCAUUUUUCUCGAGGGUUACUCUGCUACGAUUGUUGGUUUUGGACUGGUGAUUUUUGGCCGAGAAUAUCGGAGUAGGAAUUUGCAUAAUGACAUACAUACACUUGAUUUGAAACUCUGAUUUGAGAAUCAAUGGACACAAUGUAAGCAAUUUUUAUUCUCUUAAAAAUUUUGGUUGUCCUAAAUUAUGAAUUAAACUCUUAUGCUCUGCCUUCACAUGAAUUUUUGGUUUUUUAACAGUUCCUUUGAACUCCUCUUAGUUUUGGGACUGAUUUUGCCUUUUUUGUAACAAUUUAUGGUUAGUUACUCUAGCUUUUAUGCUUUCUUACAGAGUUUUGUAGUUGCAAUGCUUUUUUCUUCUUCAUGGAAUUAAUGCUAAGCUGUAAUUGUACAAAGCGGUUAGUUACCCUAUAGCUUGCUGAACAGUUUCAUUUGUUGUAAUUAUUGUUGGGGAUUUAGGGGGUCAUUUGUUGUAAUUGAUCUUCUCCAUAUGCUAAGCUGUGAUUUUACAAUAAGGGGUUAAUUAGCAUGUACCUAAACGUUUGGUUCAUACUGGACAUAUGCAGGUCACUCUUGAAGUCCCCCUUUAUUCUUCAAUAAGGGGCUGGUAGGAUAGAUCAGGCUCUUAUUAUUAUGGUUAUAAUGAUUCCUUACUCAGUUUUGAUUAAUGUGAUUCAAGUUUCAUAAAAAAAAAAACGAUUCAGGUUUUUGUCGAGUUGUUGUAAUCAUUGAUUUUCCUUUGUUUACCUUGAAUCUAAUUUGAUUGGAUUAUAUGUUUUUCGUUGAACUUUCAGAUAUUUCCAGUUAUUGAACUCUAUUAAGUUACUGAAGUGAGUGGAAGUUAUAUGUUUCUGUUGCCCGUGUUUUGUAGAAGGUUGUUCAAUUACAAAUUGCUUGGUUCCUUAAACUGGAUAACACUAAUUCAUUUGACAAUGGAAAAUUAUGUGCAUUUAUAAAAAUUUGGACCAUUACUAUAACUACCAGCUAAUCUUUCUAUCUUAGUACAAGGAAAAUUGGAACAUAUAGUUUUACUUGAGUUACGAGCUUUUUAGGAGUGGACACCGUUGAUGUUAGUUUCAAUGGUCAUUUAAAAGAAUUUCAUAAAUUCCUAACCCGUGGUUGUAUUGGUGAUAAAAAGAGUGAUGGAGGUUUGUCGGAACUAUAUGCGUUGUAUGGGUGCCAAAUUUUAGCCAUAGCCCAAUGAGAGCAAAUCUUCUUUUGGUGGAGCUAAAAUCAUCAAUCUAGCUCCAAAUUUGGCAUUUUAGCUCUUAGUAUUACAGAAGAUAAAAGAAGUUCAACUCA